GAGGAGCAUCAAGCGCAGACUUGCACGCUGCUGGAAGGAUCUAUUACAUUGAAAAAAUUAGGAGAAGGCACAGUGUGACCAGACUGCUGCCUGAAAGGGAACAGAGCUGAGAGCACUGAGGACUGUGAGCAGAGCCUUUUGAAUCAGCAGAGCUCAAGAGGAGAGCCAAGAUGUGGAAGAAGUCAAAGGUGACGGAGCCAACUGCCGCUGGGCAGGCGGGCAUUAAGAAGAAGUCGAAAGUGCCCGGUGUGAUGAUAACACAAUUUAAGGAGGAACUUCCAGAAGGAAUGUCGACUCCAGAUUUCACCCGCAAACCCAUCGCUCUGACUAUUCAAGAGGGUAAAUUCGCAGUCUUUAAAGCCAAAGUAGUGGGCGAGCCGACACCUACUGUAACAUGGAGCAGAGCAAACGGAGAAAUACAUUAUCACCCUGACGUGUGCAUGCAAAAGUAUGACGAGGCAUCUCAAGAACAUACCAUUGAGUUCCCUAAGGUCGCUGCAGAGGAUGCUGACACUUACAAGUGUUUUGCAACAAAUGAAUAUGGAAGGGCUGUUUGCACAGUUGUCUUGAAUGUCAUUUCGGUUGGAUUCUCUAAGACCAAGGAACUCCAGAAGACACAGGCAGAAGACGCAGGGGAAUUAAGAAAAAGGCUCAAGAAACGUAAUGUUGAUGGAACACGUGAGGAAAAGCCGAUGGAGCCAAUGGAGAAGGUCUGGGAAAUUCUCCUUAGCGCGGACAAGAAAGACUACGAGCGGAUCUGUGCCGAGUACGGUAUCACAGACUUCCGCUACAUGCUAAAGAAACUGAAUGAAAUGAAGAUUGUGACGCACAUCAGUACACUGAAACAUAUUGAGGUCAAAGACGACGACUGUGCAACAAUUGAGUUGGACAUGGACCUCAAAGAUCCUACCAGCAAAAUUUUCCUGUACAAGGAUGGCGUCAUGGUUCCAUUCACGAUAGAAGAAAGCGAGUCGCAGAAGCAUAGUUUGAAACAAGUCGGAAAGAAAUACGUGUUCACGAUUAAAAAUCUGGGUUCAGAUGAUGCCGGACUCUACUCAGUGGAUGUUGAGGGCGUCAAUGUAUUCUCAACAGAUUUCAAAGUACCUAACGUUGACUUUGCGGUCAAAAUACAAGAGGUUAAAGCAGCAGAACGAGAGGAUGCCCUCUUUCAGUGUGUCCUGACUGCACCAAUGAAUGAGCUCUCAUGGAUGUUCAAAAACUCUCGGCUGCCAAAUAGUGAGAAAUAUGAAAUUACUGUAUCUGAAGAUAAGCUAAUCCACAAGAUGAUUGUGCGGGACUGUAUGCCUCUGGACGCCGGUAUCUAUGCUGCUGUAGCUGGAAUCAAAUCCUGCAACGCCUGGCUUAUAGUUGAAUCUGACAAAGAUCCUGCCAACAAGGGCAAGAAGGCAGCCCGCAAAACUACUAUGGCUGGAAGCAGCAAUGAUGAAGAGCUGAUAAGAAUUGCUAAGGAACAGCAGGAAAAAUAUCAGAAAGAAAUGCAGGAAAAACUGGAAAUUGCCAAGAAAGCUCAACGUGCAAGGGAUGGUCCACUUGUUCCAGAUACAGUGACAGUUAACACAGAAAGUGUGUGGCCACUAGAACCUGGAGUUCACUUUCAAGCUGGGCUUUCUGACUGCAAAGCCAUUAUUGGAGAGGCAGCAGAGCUGGAGUGUAAAGUGAACAGUGAAGACUGUAAGGGAAUCUGGUACAAGGAUGGAGAGGAGAUUAAAUCCUCCGAUACUAUAACCAUCUCAAAAGAUGGAACUUUCCACAGGCUGAAAAUUCAAAAAGUCACAGAGGAACAUGCUGGAAAAUACAAAUUUGAAGCAGAUGGACGGAAGACAGAGUCUGUAAUUGCUGUUGAAGAUCCACCCAGAUUUUCUGAUGUGGAAUUGGAAGCAUUUAAAACUCCUGUAACCGUGAAAAAAGGACACAAAGCUACCUUCAAAAUCCCUUUCAUUGGACGGGAACCUAUAAAAAUCCAGUGGUACCGUGAGAGUGAGGAGCUUUCGGAAGACUCAAAUGUCAAGUUAGAGUACUCGGAGGGUUACAGCCGUCUGCUUCUAAACAAGCUGCAGCGCAAGGACAGUGGUGAAAUCAAGAUAAAACUCAAAAAUGAGUUCGGUACUACUGAGGCCUUCAGCCAGCUUGUUGUACUUGCAUACCCUGGACCUCCAUCAGCACCAAAGGUUCUAAGUGCCUCCAAGAAAUGCAUCAAGCUCACUUGGACUCCUCCAGCCGACACCGGAGGAACCAAUAUUCUGGGAUACAACCUUGAGAAACGCAAAAAGGGCAGCAACCUGUGGGGCCAAGUCAACCCACAAGAUGAGAUGAUCAGAGGUAAGGAAUUUGGAGUUAAAGAUUUAAUCGAGGGCAUGGAGUACGAAUUCCGUGUGGCAGCAAUCAACAACUCUGGAGUGGGUGAACACAGCACACCAUCUGAGUUUGUGUUUGCCAGAGAUCCUAAAAAGCCUCCUGGUAAAGUCAUAGACUUUAAAGCGACAGACUCCACCUACACAACCCUGUCCCUUUCUUGGACCAAACCCAAGGAUGUUGAGGGGGUUGAGGAUGAAGCUAAAGGAUACUUUGUGGAGAUCAGGCCUGCAGAAAGCACAAUAUGGGAACGCUGCAAUGCAAACAUGAUAACCAUGAAUACCUAUACAGUGAAAGGCUUGAAGUCAAUGGCCAUGUACUGGGUGAGAGUCAUUGCUACUAAUGAUGGAGGACACGGACUACCACAGGAGCUGCCCAAUUACAUCCUCGCUAUGCCCCCACCUGUGCGACCAAGAUUCACGGAUGCCAAAAUAAAGAGUUUCAUGGUGGUGCAAGCAGGAAAUUCUGCACGAUUCAACAUUAACUUUGAGGCCUCCCCUUGGCCUGAGGUCACCUGGCUGAAAGAUGGAGUGCCAGUGCCUAAAAAGGUGACCAUCAGCAACGCAGAGGGAACAUCCCAGCUUCUGAUUGCUUCCUCUGAGCGCUCAGAUACUGGAAUCUAUACCAUCACUGUCAAGAACAUUGUCGGCCAAGACUCAUUCAGCGUUGAAAUUAGAGUCACAGAUGAGCCGAAGCCGCCAGGUCCUGUGGAAACUGACGAAAACGUGCCUGGCACAGUGACCAUUUCAUGGACCCCAUCUCCAGAUGAGAAACGUGACGACAGGCUGCAUUACAUGGUAAUGAAGCGUGAUUCAAGUAAAAGAACAUGGAACACCGUUGGAGAUCACAUCUUCAACAAUAGAUUCACAGUCUGCAACAUAAUGCCAGGCCGGGAAUACCAAUUCAGAGUCUUCGCGAAGAAUGAUAUGGGCUUCUCCAAACCCUCUGAAUCACCAAAGUGGCUGAUAUCCCAAAAGAAAGAAAAGUUCAUUCUGAACAUGCCGGAAAGGAAGACGUGUAAUCUGCAGUGUCCUCCCAAGUUCUUAGUCCCACUAAAAAUGCACACCGCUCCUGAGGGCUACGAAUGCUACAUGAGCUGUGCCAUAAAAGGGGACCCAACACCUCAUGUGACGUGGCUCCGCGACAACGUCAGUCUGAAUACCAACACUAACUACUUCAUCUCCAACACCUGUGGAGUCUGUUCUCUGCUCAUAUUGAGGGUUGGACCUAAUGACACCGGGGAGUAUAAGAUUGUUGCAGAAAACUUGCUGGGGAGGGCAGAGUGUGCCACCAAACUGACAGUGAGAGAAUAAAUGAAGACACUGAAGAUGGUAGAAUUGUUCUAAAAUGCAUAGAGAAACCAAGUUGCUGGUAAUUUACACACUGCAUCUUUAGAGUUAAGCAAACCCUGUCAAAUGUAGAACAAUAGAUUGAUUGUUAUAGAUUGUUAACUAAACUCACAAUAAAGUCUUAGACCUAGAAAUUUUGCAAGAAAGCCACAAACAUGUUUUGUUUGCUCUGAUUUCAGUUGUGCAAUCUCAAUAAAACAGACACUUGAAAUACUAGUGUGCAAUAUGGCGUAUUUUAACAGAGGUAAAGCACAUGUUAAACAGGAAAAGUAUUUACAGUACAAGACACUUUGUUGCAGUGAUUUGCUGAUUUUAAAAGUGCUAUGUCAAGAUUAGACUAAAACCAAUGGAACAAUCUGUGUUUUUCAAUUAUUUUUAGAUGAAUGGUGAUUGUUUGGUUGCGAUUGUUGUGUUUCCGUAACUGUGGAUUUACAGUCUUCCCCCUGAAAUAAAAUCAAGAUGGCAAAAAAUACUGACAUGAAAAUGUACUGUAUAUGAUACUGACUGUUACACAAAAAGAAUAUGUGUGGGUUUAGUGUAAAUAAAUAUUUCAUACUGCUAUUGUGAUGUGGAAUUUUUAAUCUGACCUUUGUGUCGCUGUGAAAAACGUUCACGCUUAACAGAUAAUACAUUUCAGUGUAGAAAUAUUAAAAACCAAAAAAGUAUGUACCUGUCUGAUUGAUAGAUGUGCGCAUAUAUUGUGGCCAUGGGUCAAGCCUUGACAUGGCUGGCAAGUAUCAAAAUUCAUACCACUUGUUCACCUCCAUGAAGGUUUAUGUGAAUAAUUUAUGCCCAGUCUUCUUGUGUUACCUCUCUGAGCGUAUUUUUUGUAAGGUCAGACAUUAGUCCAAGUUUAGAGCCACUGAAGAAGAGAGGGUCAACUGUUGCACCCUGGGCUAAAACUUGUCUGAGCAGUGCAGGGUGACACCUCUCAGUUUCAGUGUGACGUGCUCAUUACAAUGCUAAAAUAUAUGCUA